AUGAAACACCUCCCGCUGCUCCUCCUCGCGCUCCUCGCUCGCGCCGCCGCCGUCGACGACGAGCAGCCCACGCAGCCCACCUGCCAGUCGGCCCUCGGCGUCUCCUGCACCACGGCCCUCAACGCCACGCUCGCGGCCGUGCGGCCGUCCUGCGCCGCGGCGCUCGAGGACUACGCGGAGAACUUCGAGAGCACGGCGAACCAGCUCGCGCGCUACGCGUCCGCCGACUUCCUCACGUUCAUCGCGCUCUACGUCGAGUUCGCGCUCGACCCGGUGAAAAACAUCCAGACGCUGCUCUUCGAGAUGCAGGGCCACGUCGACGACCUCGGCGACCCGGCGGCCUGCGGCACCAUCGCCGGCUUCCGCUACUUCGUCGUCACCGCCGGCGGCGGCCACCCCAUGCUCGGCGCCUGCCUGCCCGCCGCGUGCUCCGCGGGCGACGUCCGGGCGGCCUUGGCCGCCGUGCCGCUCGUCGGCACGCUCACGGCGUGGUCCGUGCUCGACGACGACUUUUCCUUUGAGUUGGACGGCGCGGGCGUCGCCGUGAUCGUCGCCGCGUGCCUGCUCGUCGCGCUCGCUUUGACGGCGACGGCCGCGGACGUGGUCGCGGCCGCGCCGGCGCCCGGCGACGGCUACGCGGCGCUCAACGGCGGCGACGCGCCGGCGCGCGCGACCCCGGCCUGGCUGGCCUGCUUCUCGCUCCGGCGCACCUGGGGCGAGUGGCUCGCGGGCCGCGGCGGCCCCUUGGCGUGCCUCGACGGCGUCCGGUGCCUGUCCAUGCUCUACGUCGUCUACGGCCACUCGAUCCUCUGGCCGACGCAGGCGCCGGGCUACACGAACAUGUACGAGGCCGUCGUCCCCCACGACGGAAAAGGGUACAUGGCGACGGUGCGGGGCCAGGUGCUGAACGCGGCCGAGUUUUCCGUCGACACGUUCUUCUGGCUCAGCGGCUUCCUCGGCGCGUUCGUCGCGUCGAAGGUCGCCGCGCGCGCGACGACGUGCACCUGGAUCCCCAGGGCCUACCUGCAGCGCUACCUGCGGCUCACGCCGUCCUACGCCUUCAUCGUGCUGCUCUGGUGGAAGGUGCUCCGCGUCUACGGCUCGGGCCCGGUCUGGGCGCAGCAGCGCGGCGAGUACCGCGACUGCGCGAAAACCUUCUGGACGAACAUGCUCUACGUGAACAACCUCGUGCCCUUCCACGGCACCGAGGAUGCCUGCUACGGCGUCGCCUGGUACCUACCGAACGACAUGCAGUUCUUCCUCCUCCUGCCCGGCUUCGUCUCGUUGAAACUCAAAUCGGCGGCGGCGGCCUACGCGGUCCUCGGCGCGCUGGCGCUGGCCUCCGUCGCCUACGCCUGGUGGGCGGCCUACGCCUUCGACCUGUCCUUCGCGACCUUCGACGGCGGCGACUACUUCCCGGACUACUACGUGCGGCCCUGGACGCGGAUCCCGCCGUACCUCGUCGGCGUCGCGACGGCGUUCUACUACGCGGACGCCGCCAAGGACAAGGCCCGCGAGCCGCCGUCGGCGCGCGUCGCCUACGGGUCCCUGGCCGCGGGCCUCGCCGUCGCGGCGGCGCUCGUCUUCGGCUCCUACCCCUUCUACCAGGACGCGCCCUCGGGUCCCGCCAAGUGGAAGAACCACCUCUACCUCGCGCUCGCGAAGCCCGCGUGGGCCUGCGCGCUCUCCCUCCUCGCCCUGCCCUGCUUCUUCGGCCGCGGCGCCUUCGUCGGCGGCAUCCUCUCGCUCCCGGUCUUCGCGCCCCUGGCCAAGCUCACGUUCGCGGCCUACCUCAUCCACCCGGCGGUGCUCGACGUCUUGUACAAGUCGUCGACGGACGCGCGCGUCGUCUUCACGGAGGUGGGCUGGUACGUGGCCUUCCUCGGCGUCUCGGCCAUCGUGCUGCUCUGCUCCCUCGUCGUCCACCUCUUCGUCGAGCAGCCCCUCGUGAACCUCGAGAAGCACGUGCUCCGCGGCGAGCCGCGGCCGCCGCGGCCCGCGCCCGCGCCGGAGGCCCGGGCCGGCGCCGACGUCGUCUACGCCGAAGCGCCGCUCGCGCUGCGGCGCGCGACGACGACGCUGGACGGCAAUUGCUCCAUCUGGGUGCUCGAAGUGGCGGACCAGGGGUGGUGGCGCGCGUCGACGGCGGCGGAGAAUCCCUACGGCGCCAAGCUCUGGCCCGGCGCGCUCGCCGCCGCGGCGCGGCUCCGCGCCGUCGCGGCCGGCCGAGACGUGCUCGAGCUCGGCUGCGGCAACGGCUUCGCCGCGCUGGUCGCCGCCGCGAGCGGCGCGCGCCGCGUCCUCGCCACCGACGUGUCGCCGAGGGCCCUCGACCUCACGCGCCGCGCGGCCGCGGAGCAGCGGCUCGCCGUCGACGUCGCGGCCUUCGACGCCCGCGGACCGGAGCCGCUGCCCGCGGGCUUCGACCUGCUCGUGGCCAGGGCAGGAAAAGAGCUCGUGGCCGCGGACGUGCUCUACGACGCGCCUCUCGCCCUCGCCGUCGCGGACCGCGUCGUCGAGGCGCGGGCGCGCGGCAUGGACGUCGUCGUCGGCGGGUCGCCGGACCGCGAGGGCCGCGACGCGUUCGUGGCGGCGCUCUCCGCGAAACUGCCGGGCGCGGCGUUCGAGCCCGCGUACGACGUCGGCCACGAGGACCUCAAGUGGAAGCGGAAGCGCGUCGAGGUGCUGCAUCUUCUCGAGGGGGGCGGCGCCACGCCGGCCGCCGCCACCGUGGGGUUCCACGUCGCCGCGUCGUCGGGCGCCAUGGGCGCGAGCUCGAGCUGCGCCCCCGCGCUGCGCGCCUCCGCCUCGCCGCGCGGCGUCACGGGGUCGACGUUCGGCCGGCACCAGUGGCGCGCGCCCAUGGCCGCGAAGAGCGUCGUCACGAUGCCCGACAUCUCGACGAGCUCCGCGACGAACGCCGGCGCGAAGACGAAGAUGGCGAGCACGGCGACCUGGAGCUUCGCCGCCGCGUGCGUCGCAUCGGCGUCGCGGCCGCCCCGGGGCAGGCGCAGGAGCCGCAGGAGCCCCGCGCAGAGCGCCGCGAGCGCCGCGCCGAGGACCAUGGACCCCCCGAAGAUGACGAAGAAGUCGAGGCACGCGAUGAGCGCCGCGGACCCGCCCGAGCUCUUCGCGCUGCCCACGUGCUUCGAGAACGUCUUGAAGAGCACGAUGCCCACGGCGUCGUUCAGCACCGACUCGCCGAAGACGAGGUAG